ACACAAACACAACACACACUUACACACACGCACACACACACACAGCAGCCGGACGGAGGACAGAGGGUCGACGCAAAGAGGAACCUGUUAGAGUGCAAAAACGAAGAAAUAAGAAAGAAGACAAAAGAGAGCACAAGGAGAGACGCUGAGAAAGCAACCGAAGGGAAGAAGAGCAGGAGAAAGAGGUGCUGUGUGCUGUGUUGAAGUGAAACCAUCAACAAACUCCAAAACUAUCUCCACAUGUGGAUCUAAAGCCAUCAGUUCAGUCCAACAAACUAUUCUUUCUGUCCUGAAGACAACAAAACCGAAGCGUUUGUGCUACUUAUUGUGAAAUUGAAUGAUGGCCCCUAAGAAGAAGGCCUUCCGUCCGAAGAAGGCUGCCGUGGAAGCCAUCCCUCAGGUCGCCAUGGAGACGGUUGCCACCCCACUGAAAGUGGAGAGCCGCGGCGACGGCGUGGUGGUGAUGGAGAGCGGCGUUAAGAAGAUCGAGCAGAUGGCGGCGCUGGACAUCGCCCAGCUGAACAGCCUCAACCUGCCCCUGCCGCCGCCCGUCAUCAAGCCCGGGGAGAGGGGCCUCGGCCUGGGCAGCGAGCUCACCAGACCCCUGCAUGGAAACUCACUGCUGGAGGAGCUCAGCAAGAUGCGCCAGGAGAAGUUCCUGACUGAUCUGGAGUUGGCCUGUAAGACGAAGGCCUUCGACGUCCACAAACUGGUCAUUUCCUCGGUUAGUCAGUACUUCAGAGAGAUUCUGGCCAAAGAUCCCGGCAUGAAGCGUCUGGAGCUGCCCUCACUUUCACCUCUGGGUCUGGCCAAUGUCAUCACCUUCGCCUACCUGGGACGUGUCCACAUGUCCCUCUACACCAUCGGCUGCACCGUCUCGGCCGCCGCCACCCUGCAGAUCCCUCAACUGCUCAAGAUGUGCAUGGACUUCCUGCUGGCCGAGCUCAACGUUCAGACCUGCGUCUACAUCUGGAACAUUGCCGCCGCCUACGGCCUGUUACCCGUCUGCGACGCCGCCCGACGCUUCGUCCUGGAGAACUUCAUUCAGUUCGCCGAGACACCACUGUUCACCCAGCUGACCCUGGAGCAGAUCUCAGCCUUCCUGCAGGACGACUCGCUGGUGCUGCCUUCAGAGGUCACAGCCUUCCAGCUCGCCAUGAAGUGGCUCGACUUCGAUGCCACUCGCCAGGUUCAUGCCGCCGAGCUUCUCGCCCACGUUCGCUUCGAGACCAUCCCGGCCAGCGAGCUGGUGAGUCAGAUCCAACCGGUUCCCCGCAUGAUGCUGGACCCUCAGUGCCACCGGCUGCUGGUGGACGCCAUGAACUACCACCUGCUGCCCUACCAGCAGAACACCCUGCAGUCCCGCCGUACGCAGGUCCGAGCCGCCCAGCAGACUCUGCUGACCAUCGGAGGACGUCCAUCGCUCACCGAGAGAGCUCUGAGCCGCGAGGUGCUGUGGAGGGACCCUCGUGAUGGUGGAGCCUCCUGGCGCCACCUGACCCAGCUACCUGCUAAGAGCUUCAACCAGUGUGUGGCUGUGAUGGACGGAUUCCUGUAUGUGGCCGGAGGAGAAGACCAGAAUGACGCCCGCAAUCAGGCCAAACAUGCCGUCAGCAACCUGAGCAGGUACGACCCUCGCUUCAACACCUGGCUGCACCUGGCCAGCAUGCGUCAGCGUCGUACCCACUUCUCUCUGGCUGCCAGCGGCGGUCGCCUGUUCGCCAUCGGCGGUCGUAACGUGGAGGGUCUGCUGGCCACCACCGAGAGCUACCUGCCCUCCUCCAACACCUGGCAGAUGCGUACGCCCAUGGAGGCGCCUCGCUGCUGCCACUCCAGCGCCACGCUGCCCUCCGGUGACAUCCUGGUGACCGGCGGCUACAUCAACUGUGCCUACUCCCGCUCUGUUUCCUGCUACAACGUGAACACCGACACCUGGACCGAGAAGGCCCCCAUGGAGACCCCUCGCGGCUGGCACUGCUCCGCCACCCUCGGAGGGAAGGUGUACGUGGUGGGAGGAAGCCAGCUGGGGCCGGGUGGAGAGAGGGUGGAUGUGCUCUCGGUGGAGAUCUUCUCUCCAGAAAGUGGAUCGUGGAGCCGAGCCGCCCCGCUGCCCCUCGGCGUGAGCACCGCCGGUCUGUCGCCGCUGGCCGAGAAGCUCUACCUGCUGGGAGGCUGGAACGAGGCGGAGAAGCGCUACAAGGCGGCGGUGCAGAAGUACGACCCGGCCACCGACAGCUGGUCCAUGGCCGAAGAUCUGCCUGAACCCACCGUGGGAGUGUCCUGCUGCGCCUUGAACCUGCCGCCUCGUCACGCACCACGCCGGCAACACCGCAACACCCCGGGCCACGAAGAGCAGCAGCAGGCCGGGAAGAACCGGAGCAGAGAGAACAGCGUGGCUCCAUCACAAACCACCACCGCAUAGAGAGGAGGGACGGUUCAACCUCAGGACAACAUCUGGAUCAUGUCUGACAUCUUUUCUGUUUAGCACGUGGAAAAGUCGAAUUAUUUAACACCUAGAAAGAGUUUUUUCGUGAACUUUAGUGACACAUACUUAGUGUAAACAGUAUAAAGGUGCAAGACAAGGAAAAGAAACAUCAGCAAGGCUACGAUAACCAUACUACAAUUAUUUUUGUUGAAUAAGAUGGUGUUUUAGAGGCUAAAAAUGACUUAGAGUGAUGAAAACAGUCAGGUUGAAGCCAGAAAAUGUAACUUCUGUCAAAUAGACGGCUAAAGGUAAAUGCUAAAACAUAAGUUUAGUAUCAUUAAUCACCAGAAUCUAAACCAAGUGAGGCUACAGGAGCGAACCAUUUGAGUGUCCCUGAACUGAAAAGGGGUAUUUUUAUGGCAGAUUAAUUUAAAAAAUUUUACAUCUUAUUUCAGAAGUUACAGUCUCAUGUUUAAUUCCAAAUAUUGACUGUAUUUCGAACAAGAGUUGCUCCUGAACUUGUCCGAUUUGAUGGUUUCCAGUGAAAUUAUAAUCAGAGGUUAAUUAAAGUUGCAACCAGAUGCAGAUGCACAAAUAUCUGUGUUGGUGUUAGGAGAGAGAAAAGAGCCUGCAUGGUCCAAAGUGGAGGUUAAAGGAUGAAUUAGAUCGGAGGAGAUAAAGGUGGAUGAAAAGCAGAGUGGAGCAGGUGGAAGACGAAGGAAGGAACGAAGGGAACAGAGGCUUAAUGUGUGCUGGAGGUGGUUCGGUUUGACGUCACUGUGAAUCCGCUGGCAGUUUGUGUACAAAGAUGUAACUAAACAGAGUGUGUGGCUGUAAAAAACAAAAAACAACAAACGAGCGUGCAUGUGUGUGUGUGUGUGUGCACGAGUGAAUGGUGACACGGUGGAGUGUGUGGAAGCUACAGGAACAAAUGAGCCAAAAAAAUGCAAUAAAGACGAUUUCUCACCGGCAAACUUGAAAUAAUUCUCAUAAGAGGACGGAGGCAGGCCAGCAGAAAACAAAUGUUUAUUGAUUUAUUUAUUUAAGGGAAGUAGUGUAGCGCAAAUGUGACGAAAAACAAUAAAAAAAAGUAGAUGUAGUGAUUAAAAAUAAACAUUUUAUAAGUGAAAUGGCGAGAGGAACAAAUGAAGAAUAAAAAUAAAACACGUUGACUUCAGCAACUAAAGUUUCCCAAGAAAUUAAUAAGAGAAAAGAAAAAUAAAUAAAAAUCUAGAAAAAAAUCCAACAAAUAAAGAAUAAAAAAAUAGGUUACACUUCACCUGUCUUUCCUAAAACAUCCCAUUUUUAUUGAAAUUAAUACAAAAGCAGAACCAGACAGACAUGAGCAGUUUAAAUAUCUGUGGAGAUUUAAUUAGAAAUAUAACGAGAUAUAAAAAGCUUCUCUGAUUGGCUGAGUCUCUGUAUUCGUGUCGGCUCUGGAUGAGCUGCUGGUUUCUGUGGAGUUUCACUGAAUAAACAUAAUCUGAUCCAAA